AUGGCAUUACCUGUCCUCCAGCAAUGCCAGAAAAUCCGACAGAUACUUCACUUGUAUUCAAGGAUCAGCAAUGCGCACCAAGACAUUAUUGUCCUCUGGCUGCCAGUGGCCAAUGUGCUCUUCUCUAACGUGGUAAUGAUGAUGGGCCACUGGGCCUCUAUCAUCAACGUCGUUCUGUAUAACCACGACUUAGACACGGCCGGGAAGUGGAAUUGGGUUCUCAAGCGACACUUGGGCGGUGCGUUAGGCCCGCUUUUAAAGAUUCUUCUCAUUGGUUUGUGCAACGACCGAUUGGCCCAGCUAGAUAGACGCCUGAGCCUGCAGCUCCUGCUCAUCGAUUUGAGGCUCUUAGGUGAUGGUGACAGAUCGCAUACUUUCGCCAAGGAGCUCACAAUUCUGCUGAGAGCCCAACCUCUCAGGAAUCCAAUAAUGUGCAAACACCAGAUAUGCGAUAGCCCUUUCGUCUUGGAAUUCGUUUUCUGCGUACUGGUGAAUGCUCUAAGCUAUGUGCAGUAUGGGAUGUCCAUGGCAAUAACCCUGGACUUUCAAUCCAGUAUUAGAUUAAUGGCAAUUAAAUACUAA